AUGGCCCGGGCGGGGCCGAAGGGGGUCGGCGGCAGGAAGGCGGCGGCGGCCCCUUUCGCCGGAGAGCAAGCAACAACUUCGGCCCCUACCGCCGUGAGGGGUGGCAACGGCGGCGGCGGCUCCUUCCGUCGAGAAGGGGGCAGCGGCGGUGGUGGCCCCUUCCGGCAGGAGGGGGCGGCGGUGGUGGCCCCUUCCGCCGGAGGAGGGGGCGGCGGCGGCGGUGGCUCUUACCGUCAGGAGGGCUUCGGUGGCGGCGGCGGUGGUGCCUAUCGGCAGGAUGGCGGAGGCGGUGGCUCGGGUCAGUCCAGGGCGGAUGGCUCGGGCGGCUCGGGUGGCUACUUCCAGGGAGGAAGCGGCCAUUCGGCGCAGCGCUUCGAUGGCCAGGGUUUCGGUUUCGGUGGCGGAGGCAGUGGAGGCUCUCAGCAGCAGGAGGGCUGGGUCCAGCCCCCGGCCUGGUGGCAAGCUCAGCAGCGACGUGAGGAGAGGGCGCAGCGACGUCCGACGGACGACGGCAGGGCCAAGAAUCCUGCCAGGCAGGGGCCGGCAGCUGGGAAGGUUGGCACUAGCAAGCUCAAGGGGAAGGCAGGGACGGCCUUACCGGCGGGGAGCCGCGUCGGGUGCUGA